CUCCAUUAGUUAAUCUUUUGGAUACAGAUGGGGAAGUAAGCUAGUCAAUGGUUGUGACCAUGGUGGAUUAAUUUCACUUAUUGCAUUGAGCUUUCACAAAAGUACCUCUAGAAGGACAAAAUGAAUAAGAAAAGACACUUUCUGGAGCCUCCAGAGGUCAAAGACUACCUGGUCAAAGGAGAAAGAUUCACCAAGUGGUCAGAGGACUCCACAAAGACUGCUCCCGUCACUAUGAGGAUGGAUCCAAAAGGUUUUUACGUCUACUGGAUCAACCAAAGCAAGGAGACAACGUUCCUGGAUGUUGCUACUGUCAGAGAUACCAGAACAGGAAAAUAUGCAAAACUUCCCAAACACCCAAAGGUGCGCAACGUGUUCAACCUGGACUUCCCAGACAGCAACCAUCUUGCUAAAACUCUGACCAUCGUCUCAGGUCUCGACACAGUGAAUCUGACCUAUCAUAACUUCUUUGCCUCUAAGGAGAAGGUGACACAGAACUGGGCGAACGAUAUUCUUGCAAUCGCCUACAACGCUGCAAGGAACAAUGCGUGCAGACACGUCUUCCUGGAGAAAAUGUACGUCCGCAUUUCUCUUCACACCAACAAGGACGGCAAGAUCCCAGUGAAAUAUAUUUACAAGAUGUUCCCUGCGGAUAAGAAGAGAGUGGAAAGUGCCUUAGCAUCAGCACAUCUCCCUAAAGGAAAGUAUGACACCAUAAAGCCUGACGUCUUUACUGAGUCUGCCUUCAAGGCCUUUCUGUCAAACCUCUGCCCUCGGCCUGAGAUCUAUGAGAUCUUCACUUCUUACUCCAACAAACCCACCAUGACGAAGGAGAACUUCACCAAGUUCCUCAACGAGAAACAGAGGGACUCUCGGCGUAACGAGGAGCUGUUUCCACGUCUGCGACCGGACCAGGUCAAGGCUCUGAUUGACAAAUAUGAACCCUGCACCUCUAAUUCAAACAGAAGUCUGAUUUCUCCAGAGGGUCUCUUAGUCUUCCUGAUGGGGCCCGAGACAUCCGUUGUCAUGCAGGACACGCUGGCCAAGUGUCAGGACAUGACCCAACCCAUACCCCACUAUUUCAUCAAGUCUUCCCACAACACAUACCUGACAGCCGGUCAGUUCUCUGGCGUAUCCUCUCCGGAGAUGUACCGUCAGUGUCUGCUGUCCGGCUGCCGCUGUCUGGAGCUGGACUGCUGGAAGGGCAAACCUCCAGAUGAAGAGCCCAUCAUUACUCACGGCUUCACCAUGACAACUGAGAUCCUCUUCAAGGAUGUGAUUGAGGCCAUUGCUGAGAGCGCCUUCAAGACCUCACAGUAUCCCGUUAUCCUCUCAUUCGAGAACCACGUUGACUCGGUGAAACAACAAGAGAAGAUGGCCAACUACUGCAAAACCAUAUUUGGUGAUGCCCUGCUAACUGAUCCGCUGGACAAAUACCCUCUGAAGCCGGGCCAGCAGCUCCCAAGCCCAUCUGAGCUCAUGGGUAAGAUCCUCAUCAAGAACAAGAAAGGCAGCCAUGAAAAACCAACCCAGGCUAAGAAACCCAGCACGGCAGCCAAUGAGCAGACCACAACCACAGCUUUACCCACCCAGGAGCCAAACACCACUUCCCAGGAUCCUGCGAAUGCAGUACCCAGCACCCAAGAGAACCAAGAAGGGGACACGGUUGUGGAGGACACCGAGGAGCAAGAGGAGACAGAUGAACAAGAUGAGGAAAAAAUGAAGACAUCAGAUGAGGGCACAGCUGGACAAGAAGUCACAGCUUAUGAGGCAAUGUCAUCCCUGGUCAACUACAUCCAGCCCAACAAAUUUGUGUCUUUUGACAAUGCCAGAAAAAAAAACAAGAGUUACGUCAUCUCAUCUUUUGUGGAGACCAGAGGAGAAGCAAUGAUUUCCAAGACUGCUGUCGAAUUUGUCGAGUACAAUAAGAGGCAGAUGAGCAGAAUUUACCCCAAAGGAACAAGAAUGGACUCAUCCAAUUACAACCCCCAGCCUUUUUGGAACGUAGGCUGCCAGAUGGUGGCGCUCAACUACCAGACAAUGGAUUUCCCAAUGCAGCUGAACAUGGCUCUGUUUGAAUUCAAUGGCAGAACGGGCUACCUUCUCAAGCAUGAUGUUCUGCGUCGCAGUGACAAGAAAUUUGACCCUUUCUGUGACAGGAUUGACACAGUUGUGGCAAGCACACUGACCAUAAAGAUCUAUUCGGGCCAAUUUCUGUCUGACAAAAACGUAAAAACGGGAGUUGAGGUGGAGGUGAUUGGGUUGCCAGGAGACCCCAAGAAGAAAUAUCGUACAAAGUGGUCCACCACACCCAACGCCAUCAACCCAGUGUGGAAUGAGGAGCCUUUUGUUUUUGAGAAGAUACUGCUCCCUGAACUGGCUUCUCUAAGAAUUGUAGUUCAUGAGGAGAACGGUAAAUUCUUGGGACACAGGAUCAUCCCACUGGAUGCCAUCCAAUCAGGUUUCCAUCACAUUUGCCUGCGCAGUGAGAGCAACAUGCCACUUACUCUGCCUGCUCUCUUUGUGUACAUCGAGGUCAAGGACUACAUUCCUGCUGCCUUUGCAGAUUUUACAGAUGCAUUGUUUAACCCAACAAAGGGAACAGAGAAGACUACAAAGGCCACAAAGGAGUCCCCCAUUGACUACGUUUCUCCCUAUGAGUUGCCUCUUGUGGUCCAAACCCCCACGGACAAAGCUAAGGAAAGUGAGGCCCCUGCUGCAGAAAAGGCCACAUCCAAACCUACAACACAGGUUGAUGCCAAUGACCAAUCACCCCAGUCUAACCCUGUUGAGAGUGCAGAAGAAGCUAAAGAAGAGGCUGAGAACAAGUCAGACACUCCACAACCUGCAGCAGAAUCUCCACAAACUUCUGACAAUGCUCCUGCUGAAGAUCCAGCCACAGACGCAGGAAGUGUGAACGCUGAAACCCUUCCUGAAGCCUCUGCGUCCCAUGAGGAGGCAGCUCCUAAGGAGGACGCAGUUCCAGAGCCAAAGGCAGCUCCUGAAACCAAAGAGGAGCCUAUUAACGACUCCGGAAACCCUAAGCCUACUUCAGAUGACACACCAGGCACAGAAGCUUCCAGCGCUGCUGAAGAGCCUGCUGCUGUGGCCUUGUCCUGUCCAGCCAGCACAUCGCCUGAGUCCACAGGAUCAGAGCCUUCAACUGUGACUACUGAAGAACUGACACAGCACAAAAACUAUCUGAAGGUCACCAAGCGCCAGGAGAAAGACAUAAAAGAGAUAGAAAAGAAGUUUCAGAAAAAAGGAGAGGAUUUGAUUCAGAAAUACUCUGACUCCUUCAAGUCCAUCAAAAAGAAGACCUCUGUGAAGAAAAAAGAGGCAGGGGGAAACAACUCUGACUCCAGCGUGACAACGGAGCGGGUGCUUGAGCAGAAGGAAAAAAUGCAGGUUGAGCUGCAAGCUAUGUGGACGGAGCAGUGCGAUCAGCUGAAGAAGAAGAAAGAGCAGUGUGCUACAGAGAGACUGGCCAAACUGUUGGAGAUGGCCACAGAGAGACACACCAUUGAACUGAAGACCCUGGAGAGUGAAACCAAAGAGAAUAAGAAGAAAACACUCUCAAAAUGUUCAUCCUCAGAGAAAGCGAAAUUGAAAAGGGCAAUGAGCAUAGAGCUGUUGGAUGAGCCUAGUCAGUCUGAUGGUGCAUCUUCAGAUUACAGCCCACAGCAAGUGGCUCUGAUGAAGAAACAAUCUGCUACACUGGAGGAAAUCAAGACCCUGACUAAUCAGCUCAAUCAGGAGGCCCUAAAGGAGCAAGAUCAGAAAUUGAGAUCUCUGCCAGCAGAGGUGAAGGAUGUUGCCAAUGUGUGUGUGGGGGCCCACUUUCCUGAACUGGUCGAGCAGGCUGGAGACAAGAAGGUGGAGGGAGUGGGCUUCUAUGGAGAUGUCUUCCUGGGUUAGAGUUGCCUUUUGAUGCGUGACCCAUUACUGUAACCUCCUCACUUUUUUUUUUAGAAACGUUUACAUCUUCUUUCAACCUGUUACAUAACCUUCAUUCUGAGCAAAACUGUGGAAUAGAAAAAAAUUCAAUUAGCUCUUUGUGAAAUUUCCAUUUAGCGCUGCUAUUCAUAGGGAGAGCUCUUUGGGUAGUGAUUAUGCCAAAAUUAUGUUUUUGUGGAUGUCCUGUAGACCAAAAGUUUAAUUGGACAUAAUUUUCAUUUUCUUUUAACUUUUUAUUUCUGUUGCUUCUCACCAACCAAAAAUACCCUAAUUCAGUGGAAAAAUAAUAUAUUCCAGAUGAAGGCCCAUCAAUAAAAGCUCCUUUCUGUUCUCUCAAUCAGUUCAAGAAUAGAAAUUAAUGUAGCAAGAAAAAUGGAAUAUCAGAGUCUGCGGGCUGAAUCGAAUGGCUCCAUCUGCAACACAAUUGGGUGUAAUACUCCAUGAAGCAACAGCAAAGCAUUCACUGUGAGAUGUAGGUGUGUUGCAGUUGUGAAGAAGGUUUUGCAGAAAAAAAUCUCCAUUUACUCUUUGGGAUGAAGGUCAUGUGGAGACAUGACAAUGGAAAUACACAAAGGGCAGUACACAAACAUUUCCUCUGCAUAAUGUGUUCUUGUGAUGAAUAGUCCUUAAUAAACUGUACUUUGCACUGUA